CAUCUUCUGCAAUGGUGACAUCGACGGGAGAAUCCGACACAACACUGUCACCCACAACGGUCAGCACAAGUGAACCUACAGCAACCUCGAGCAGUGAUCAAACAACAACUGUAAUUACCUCCACAGACACAGAGUUAUCAGCCAGUCCUACUUCUGCAUCCCCCUCAGUGACAGCUCAUGUCACUCAAACAUCUCCUGAACAAUCAACUGAAACAACAGAAUCAAUAACCAAGACCACUCACCCUCCAUCAACUAGCCAAGAACCAUCUACAACAAGAAUGUCCUCACCCACCGAGGCGCAGUUUACAUCUUCUGUGAUGGGCACAACUACCGGAGAGUCUGAGUCAACACUGCCAACGUCAACAAUCACCACAAGUGCAUCUACAGCAACCUCCAGCAAUGAUCAAAUGACAACUGUAAUUACUUCCACAGUCACGGAGUUAACAGCCAGUCCAACUUCUCCAUCCCCGUCAGUAACAGCCCAUGUCACUCAAACAUCUCCCGGACAAUCAACUGAAACAACAGAACCAAUAACCACGACCACUCAGCUUCCAUCAACUAGCCAAGAACCAUCUACAACAAAAAUUUCCUCACCCACCGAGACACAGUUCACAUCUUCUGCAGUGGUGACAUCGACGGGAGAAUCCGACACAACACUGUCACCCACAACGGUCACCACAAGUGAACCUACAGCAACCUCGAGCAGUGAUCAAACAACAAGUGUAAUUACCUCCACAGACACAGAGUUAUCAGCCAGUCCUACUUCUGCAUCCCCCUCAGUGACAGCUCAUGUCACUCAAACAUCUCCUGAACAAUCAAUUGAAACAACAGAAUCAAUAACCAAGACCACUCACCCUCCAUCAACUAGCCAAGAACCAUCUACAACAAGAAUGUCCUCACCCACCGAGGCGCAGUUUACAUCUUCUGCGAUGGGCACAACUACCGGAGAGUCUGAGUCAACACUUCUAACGUCAGCAAUCACCACAAGUGCAUCUACAGCAACCUCCAGCAAUGAUCAAAUGACAACUGUAAUUACUUCCACAGUCACGGAGUUAUCAGCCAGUCCAACUUCUGCAUCCUCGUCAACAACACCCCAUGUCACUCAAACAUCUCCUGUACAAUCAACUGAAACAACAGAACCAAUAACCACAACCACUCAGCUUCCAUCAACUAGCCAAGAACCAUCUACAACAAAAAUUUCCUCACCCACCGAGACACAGUUUACAUCUUCUGCAGUGGUGACAUCGACGGGAGAAUCCGACACAACACUGUCACCCACAACGGUCACCACAAGUGGACCUACAGCAACCUCCAGCAGUGAUCAAACAACAACUGUAAUUACCUCCACAGUCACAGAGUUAUCAGCCAGUCCUCCCUCUUCAUCCCCAUCAACAACACCCCAUGUCACUCAAACAUCUCCUGGACAAUCAAUUGAAACAACAGAGCCAAUAACCAAGACCACUCACCUUCCAUCAACUAGUCACGAACCAUCUACAACAAGAAUCUCCUCACCCACCGAGACACAGUUUAUAUCUUCUGCAGUGGUGACAUCUACGGGAGAAUCCAACACAACACUGUCACCCACAACGGUCACCACAAGUGGACCUACAGCAACCUCCAGCAGUGAUCAAACAACAACUGUAAUUACCUCCACACUCACAGAGUUAUCAGCCAGUCCUCCCUCUUCAUCCCCAUCAAUAACACCUCAUGUCACUCAAACAUCUCCUGAACAAUCAACUGAAACAAAAGAACCAAUAACCACGACCACUCAGCUUCCAUCAACUAGCCAAGAACCAUCUACAACAAGAAUCUCCUCACCCACCGAGACACAGUUUACAGCUUCUCCAAUGGUGACAUCGACGGGAGAAUCCGACACAACACUGUCACCCACAACGGUCACCACAAGUGGACCUACAGCAACCUCCAGCAGUGAUCAAACAACAACUGUAAUUACCUCCACAGUCACAGAGUUAUCAGCCAGUCCUCCCUCUUCAUCCCCAUCAACAACACCCCAUGUCACUCAAACAUUUCCUGGACAAUCAACUGAAACAACAGAACCAAUAACCAAGACCACUCAGCUUCCAUCAACUAGCCACGAGCCAUCUACAACAAGAAUCUCCUCACCCACCGAGACACAGUUUAUAUCUUCUGCAGUGGUGACAUCGACGGGAGAAUCCGACACAACACUGUCACCCACAACGGUCACCACAAGUGGACCUACAGCAACCUCCAGCAGUGAUCAAACAACAACCGUAAUUACCUCCACAGGCACAGAGUUAUCAGCCAGUCCUACUUCUGCAUCCCCCUCAGUGACAGCUCAUGUCACUCAAACAUCUCCUGGACAAUCAACUGAAACAACAGAACCAAUAACCACGACCACUCAGCUUCCAUCAACUAGCCAAGAACCAUCUACAACAAGAAUCUCCUCACCCACCGAGACACACUUUACAGCUUCUGCAAUGGUGACAUCGACGGGAGAAUCCGACACAACGCUGUCACCCACAACGGUCACCACAAGUGAACCUACAGCAACCUCGAGCAGUGAUCAAACAACAACUGUAAUUACCUCCACAGUCACAGAGUUAUCAGCCAGUCCUACUUCUGCAUCCCCCUCAGUGACAGCUCAUGUCACUCAAACAUCUCCUGGACAAUCAACUGAAACAACAGAACCAAUAACCAUGACCACUCAGCUUCCAUCAACUAGCCCAGAACCAUCUACAACAAGAAUUUCCUCACCCACCGAGACACACUUUACAGCUUCUGCAAUGGUGACAUCGACGGGAGAAUCCGACACAACACUGUCACCCACAACAGUCACCACAAGAGGACCUACAGCAACCUCCAGCAGUGAUCAAACAGUUGUAAUGACCUCCACAGUCACAGAGUUAUCAGCCAGUCCUUCUUUAUCCCCCUCAGUAACAGCUGAUGUCACUCAAACAUCUCCUGAACAAUCAACAGAAACAACAGAGCCAAUAACCAAGACCACUCAGCUUCAAUCAACUAGCCAAGAACCAUCUACAACAAGAAUGUCCUCACCCACCGAAGCGCAGUUUACACCUUCUGCGAUGGGCACAACUACCGGAGAGUCUGAGUCAACACUGCCAACGUCAACAAUCAUCACAAGUGCAUUUACAGCAACCUCCAGCAGUGAUCAAAUGACAACUGUAAUUACUUCCACAGUCACGGAGUUAUCAGCCAGUCCAACUUCUGCAUCCCCGUCAAUAACACCCCAUGUCACUCAAACAUCUCCUGGACAAUCAACUGAAACAACAGAACCAAUAACCACGACCACUCAGCUUCCAUCAACUAGCCAAGAACCAUCUACAACAAAAAUUUCCUCACCCACCGAGACACACUUUACAGCUUCUGCAAUGGUGACAUCGACGGGAGAAUCCGACACAACACUGUCACCCACAACGGUCACCACAAGUGAACCUACAGCAACCUCGAGCAGUGAUCAAACAACAACUGUAAUUACCUCCACAGACACAGAGUUAUCAGCCAGUCCUACUUCUGCAUCCCCCUCAGUGACAGCUCAUGUCACUCAAACAUCUCCUGAACAAUCAACUGAAACAACAGAAUCAAUAACCAAGACCACUCACCCUCCAUCAACUAGCCAAGAACCAUCUACAACAAGAAUGUCCUCACCCACCGAGGCGCAGUUUACUUCUUCUGUGAUGGGCACAACUACCGGAGAGUCUGAGUCAACACUGCCAACGUCAACAAUCACCACAAGUGCAUCUACAGCAACCUCCAGCAAUGAUCAAAUGACAACUGUAAUUACUUCCACAGUCACGGAGUUAACAGCCAGUCCAACUUCUCCAUCCCCGUCAGUAACAGCCCAUGUCACUCAAACAUCUCCCGGACAAUCAACUGAAACAACAGAACCAAUAACCACGACCACUCAGCUUCCAUCAACUAGCCAAGAACCAUCUACAACAAAAAUUUCCUCACCCACCGAGACACAGUUCACAUCUUCUGCAGUGGUGACAUCGACGGGAGAAUCCGACACAACACUGUCACCCACAACGGUCACCACAAGUGAACCUACAGCAACCUCGAGCAGUGAUCAUACAACAACUGUAAUUACCUCCACAGACACAGAGUUAUCAGCCAGUCCUACUUCUGCAUCCCCCUCAGUGACAGCUCAUGUCACUCAAACAUCUCCUGAACAAUCAAUUGAAACAACAGAAUCAAUAACCAAGACCACUCACCCUCCAUCAACUAGCCAAGAACCAUCUACAACAAGAAUGUCCUCACCCACCGAGGCGCAGUUUACAUCUUCUGCGAUGGGCACAACUACCGGAGAGUCUGAGUCAACACUACUAACGUCAGCAAUCACCACAAGUGCAUCUACAGCAACCUCCAGCAAUGAUCAAAUGACAACUGUAAUUACUUCCACAGUCACGGAGUUAUCAGCCAGUCCAACUUCUGCAUCCUCGUCAACAACACCCCAUGUCACUCAAACAUCUCCUGGACAAUCAACUGAAACAACAGAACCAAUAACCACAACCACUCAGCUUCCAUCAACUAGCCAAGAACCAUCUACAACAAAAAUUUCCUCACCCACCGAGACACAGUUUACAUCUUCUGCAGUGGUGACAUCGACGGGAGAAUCCGACACAACACUGUCACCCACAACGGUCACCACAAGUGGACCUACAGCAACCUCCAGCAGUGAUCAAACAACAACUGUAAUUACCUCCACAGUCACAGAGUUAUCAGCCAGUCCUCCCUCUUCAUCCCCAUCAACAACACCCCAUGUCACUCAAACAUCUCCUGGACAAUCAAUUGAAACAACAGAACCAAUAACCAAGACCACUCACCUUCCAUCAACUAGUCACGAACCAUCUACAACAAGAAUCUCCUCACCCACCGAGACACAGUUUAUAUCUUCUGCAGUGGUGACAUCUACGGGAGAAUCCAACACAACACUGUCACCCACAACGGUCACCACAAGUGGACCUACAGCAACCUCCAGCAGUGAUCAAACAACAACUGUAAUUACCUCCACACUCACAGAGUUAUCAGCCAGUCCUCCCUCUUCAUCCCCAUCAAUAACACCUCAUGUCACUCAAACAUCUCCUGAACAAUCAACUGAAACAAAAGAACCAAUAACCACGACCACUCAGCUUCCAUCAACUAGCCAAGAACCAUCUACAACAAGAAUCUCCUCACCCACCGAGACACAGUUUACAGCUUCUCCAAUGGUGACAUCGACGGGAGAAUCCGACACAACACUGUCACCCACAACGGUCACCACAAGUGGACCUACAGCAACCUCCAGCAGUGAUCAAACAACAACUGUAAUUACCUCCACAGUCACAGAGUUAUCAGCCAGUCCUCCCUCUUCAUCCCCAUCAACAACACCCCAUGUCACUCAAACAUUUCCUGGACAAUCAACUGAAACAACAGAACCAAUAACCAAGACCACUCAGCUUCCAUCAACUAGCCACGAGCCAUCUACAACAAGAAUCUCCUCACCCACCGAGACACAGUUUAUAUCUUCUGCAGUGGUGACAUCGACGGGAGAAUCCGACACAACACUGUCACCCACAACGGUCACCACAAGUGAACCUACAGCAACCUCGAGCAGUGAUCAAACAACAACUGUAAUUACCUCCACAGUCACAGAGUUAUCAGCCAGUCCUACUUCUGCAUCCCCCUCAGUGACAGCUCAUGUCACUCAAACAUCUCCUGGACAAUCAACUGAAACAACAGAACCAAUAACCAUGACCACUCAGCUUCCAUCAACUAGCCAAGAACCAUCUACAACAAGAAUUUCCUCACCCACCGAGACACACUUUACAGCUUCUGCAAUGGUGACAUCGACGGGAGAAUCCGACACAACACUGUCACCCACAACAGUCACCACAAGUGGACCUACAGCAACCUCCAGCAGUGAUCAAACAGUUGUAAUGACCUCCACAGUCACAGAGUUAUCAGCCAGUCCUUCUUUAUCCCCCUCAGUAACAGCUGAUGUCACUCAAACAUCUCCUGAACAAUCAACAGAAACAACAGAGCCAAUAACCAAGACCACUCAGCUUCAAUCAACUAGCCAAGAACCAUCUACAACAAGAAUGUCCUCACCCACCGAGGCGCAGUUGACAUCUUCUGCAAUGGGCACAACUACCGGACAGUCUGAGUCAACACUGCCAACAUCAACAGUCAAAACAAGUGCAUCUACAGCAACCUCCAGCAAUGAUCAAACGACAAUUGUAAUUACUUCCACAGUCACAGAGUUAUCACCCAGUCCAACUUCUGCAUCCCCGUCAAUAACACCCCAUGUCACUCAAACAUCUCCUGGACAAUCGACUGAAACAACAGAGCCAAUAACCAAGACCACUCAGCUUCCAUCAACUAGCCAAGAACCAUCUACAACUAGAAUCUCCUCACCCACCGAGGCACAGUUUACAUCUUCUGCGACGGUUACAGCUUCGGGAGAGUCCGACACAACACUGUCACCCACAACGGUCACCACAAGUGGACCUACAGCAACCUCCAGCAGUGAUCAGACAACUGUAAUUACCUCCACAUUCACAGAGUUUUCAGCCAGUCCUCCUUCUGCAUCCCCCUCAGUAACAGCUCAUGUCACUCAAACUUCUCCUGAACAACCAACUGAAACAACAGAACCAAUAACCAAGACCACUCAGCUUCCAUCAACUAGCCAAGAACCAUUUACAACAAGAAUCUCCUUGCCCACCGUGGUGCAGUUUACAUCUUCUGCAAUUGUGACAACCACAGGAGAGUCUCACCAAAGUGAAACAACACCAACGCGCCCCAUAACCACUCAGCUUCCAUCAACCAGCCAAGAGCUAUCUACACCAAUGAAGUCCUCAGAAUCUUCUGCAACAUCUGUACAAACUGCUUCCUCUCACAACGUUCCAGUGACUUCCUUUACACCAUCCAUGGCCCCUACACGAACAAGUGAAUCACCAGUGUCACAUUCAGUGGUAACCACAACUCGACUUACAACAUUCAGUUCUCCAACAUCUACGUUUACCCCCCUUUCAAAUGCAACUGUCACUAUGACAGCACCAAGUACACCUCAUCAGUGUACUGAAAAGGACUGUCCAGGUUGCGUUGGAACCUGUAUAUUCAACAUGACACUUGGAGAAUGUUUCUGCAACUGUGAGGAGUUUGCAUUUGGAGAUGAAUGUGUUUUUGGAGAGAGUGACACCUCUGCUGAAAUUGAUUCAGAAAAUAGACCAACCCGAAAUGCAACUUUUACUUUGGGGAUCUUGAUGGAUUUUGAUGUGGCUUUUGAAGAUAUAAAUUCACCUCAGUCGUUAAAAUUCAUCAAGACGCUGAUGCAGGAGCUUGAAGCAUUAUGCAAAGAAGCAGAUCCACAAAACUUCAAAACAGUACAAGUCAUCAAGUUAUCACCGGGAAGUGUAAUUGCAGAGAGCGUGGUGGAGUACCUCUAUCCAAACAAUGAAACGCAAAUCGAGUUUGUCAACAAUCAGCUUGAUGGGGUAUUGGCUGAAAUCUUGAAUGACACAAGCAACCUCAACAAAAUAUCUCAGGUCUUUAAUGCCAGUGUCGAAUUAAAAGAACUCAGCUUUGAGCCACCUGAGAUUAAAAAUAUCACAGACCUAAAGGACUUUGUUAACUGCACCAAGUUCGCUCAAUACACUGCUGAGGUUAUUAAUGGUCAAUGGCAGUGUGUUGGACCUUGCAAAACGAACCCUGAUUACUGUCAUCAACAUGGAAAAUGUUUAAAUAACAUUAAGGAAGGGCCCGUCUGUAGUUGCUUCGAGACUAGUCUGAAGCAGUAUUAUGGCCCACAGUGUGACCUCUUCCGCUACGGUCCAGGUUUCUAUGGAGCGCUGUUUGGAUCUUUGGCAGUACUCUUGCUCGUGAUUAUGAUUGUCAUUGCUGUCAUUGCCAAAAAGAGACACAUGGGUUUUUGGAAAACAAGAGACUUGUCAAACAGAAGACUGUCUGCGUUUGAUGAAGAUUUCUUUGAUUUCUCUGAAACAGGAGAUCCCAACUUGGGAGUCACAGGCUCUUACACAUCACAGGGUUCCAGGCAUCUAUGAAACAUUGACACCCAAUUGCAGGUCACAACAAAUCAUCCAGAGGUUUUGAAUGUCAACCCUCAAUGAAGGCCACAGACUGGAGGAUUUUAUUUUGAUUACAAUGUUUUCCAUGCAAUGAAUAAAGAAAAUUACAGAUCAGUAUGAGCUAAUAACUAUGUGUUUCAGAUGAAUAAUUUACUAGAAAUGUGUCCAUAUAUUAUAAUAUUUAUGACUUUAUUUAUGUGACUUGUAAUAAACUAUAGCCUGCAGUCCUCUAUAAAACUGAACAUGUCAAUUCAGACUCCAUUGUUGUCGAUUCACAUCACAAUAUAUAUACAUUUAUUUCUUGAGGUCACUCUGGGAUGUGAAAUUUGAGAAGUACAUCAUGCUGUAUGUACUUAUUUAUUAGUCAAUGACAAAUGUAUACCUGCAGUAUCGAGAACAAUGGUUAAAAAGAAAACAAAGUUGCAUAAAUAUUCAGUUUCUUCCCUUCCUAGGACUCCUCCCCAAUUUUUGUUUCAGCACUUUUGUCAUCAUACAGGAAAAUUAUCUUCUCAUUGAGUACAUUUAUGACCAGGUGGCUGUUCUUGCAAGCACUGUACAUGUGCAUUUACUAAGAGUGCACAAACAAAUCUCAUAUUAUCCUUGUUAUAAGCUUACUUAGGGUUCCUAUGGAAUCCAAGACAACAUUUCAAAAAAAAAAAUCUAUAUGUUUUGAAGAUGGCUUAGUGAAAGGUGCAAUUUUUUUUUCAGAAGCGAAGAUCUUAAUUGACUGCUUUUUUUAUGCCUAAGCAAACUUAUUUUGUUUACAUUUCUGAAUAAACUGAAUAAACAAACUGACUUUAA